GUUCGUGUAAUGUGUAGUAUUGUUGUGUUUAGCAUGAAUGAAGUUGACUCAGAAAGCAUGCUGUCAGUACUUACAAACACGUUGUCUUGUGAAGUCGGAACUAUCACUCAAAGAAAAAUGCCGAGAGUUGUGCCUGAUCAAAGAUCGACUUUCGAUAAUGAUGAACUGUUUCGAAGACUCAGUAGAGAAUGUGAGGUGAAAUACACGGGAUUCAGAGAUCGGCCGUUAGAGGAGAGACAGUUAAGAUUUCAAACGGAAUGUCGGGAGGGUCACGCCGAUAUAGCCUUUGUAGCCACGGGGACGAAUCUACAAUUAAACUUUGAGUCUAACGCGUGGUCAGACAAAGAUGAAGACCGAAUACCUACCAGGGAAUAUGUAGAUUUUGAACGAGAGCCAGGCAAGGUUCACCUCAAGUCCCAGUUCAUCAUGAAUGGAGUUUGUGUUUUAUGGAGGGGGUGGAUAGACCUGCACAGAUUAGACGGAAUCGGCUGUAUAGAGUUUGACUCUGAAAGAGCUGAGGUUGAGGACCAGUUAUACCGCCAACAAAUAGAACAAUAUAACCAAAGGUUGCGCGAGUUUGAGGAACGACAGCGGCAGUACCGAGAGCAGCAGGAGAGACGAUCUCACGACGAGCAGGAGGUGAGUUCAGGCCCACUAACCAGGGGAAUGAAACCCGUCCCGGAGCUGGCAGCAAAACAAGGGGGGAGAGUUCUCGUGCCAGUCCCGCUGAGGCCAGUGGCAGUGAAUGACAGGCGCUCCCUGUUGCCAUGGAGACAUCGAAUGUACAUUCUGUAAAUAAGAGAUAUGUCCUGUCCAAGGGCCUAUAUAUUUUAUGAACUGAUUAGUUCAUGUGAUUGUCCAGAGGUUUUUGAAUGGCAUGGAACAAUAUCCGACAAUUAGCGAGGUUAUUGCUACGUUGGGGUUUGUGGAAUCCAGAACUUCUUGCAUUCCAGAUUACAGGAAACAUAGUCAUGUGGAAGUUAAGCAAUCUAUUUAUCGUCUACUAUUCUAUCUUCUAUCAUCUGCUAUUCUCACUUGGAACUAUCGUCUGCUAUUCUAACUCCUAUCUUCUGUUCUUCUAUCUUCUGUUAUUUUAACGUCUGCUGUUCUAUCUUCUAUCGUCUGCUGUUCUAUCUUCUAUCGUCUGCUAUUCUAUCUUCUGCUAUUCUAUCGUCUGCUAUUCUAUCUUCUGUUAUUCUAUCUUCUAACGUCUGCUAUUCUAACUUCUAUCUUCUGCUAUUUUAUCUUCUGUUAUUCUAACGUCUGCUAUUCUAUCUUCUGCUAUUCUAUCUUCUAUCUUCUGACUUCUUUCUGGUUGCUUAUUUAUUUACUACUAUGUUUCAUAUAUUUUCCCGGUUAUAUACCUGAGACCAUUUUUCUCAUGGUACCCAAGAUUUUUCUCUUCUGGCCAAUUUUUGCCAGAAAAUGAGACAAACUGCCUUCGUUCUCAUUCCUUUAUCGUUGGUUGCCUGUAUCUGGUUUGUGAGAAUAAUUGCAGAAGAAGGCCCGAGAAUGAUGUUGCGUGGCUCACUUGACCGGUGCUGGAGAUGUACAACACACUAAUUACCACAUUAGUACGGAGAAAUUAAGUCCAGUCAAUAUAGUAUUUUAUUAGCUUGAUUGUAUUUUAUCAAACUUUUUACACAUUUGCUAUGUAUUGAUAUAUUUUCUGUCUCGGUGUCCAUUUUCCACAUCGUUUUAUAAUAAUUACUUUGCCGUAUUCAUCAUGAUUGUCUCUCAGCUUAUUUUGUUGUGCUUAACGUUGAAAAUGAUCGCACAAUUGAAACGAUCUAUUCAACUACACGUGUUUUGAUUAAAAACUAGAAUGUCUUCUUUGGUUUGUUAAACGUUGGACGGUGUGUUAUGCAUUUUUUCUGCGAUGUUUGCGACCUUCAUGUCCCGUUUAAAAUAGCAAACCAAAGAAAGACAUUUUUUUUUUAUUCUUCUGUAUUUUGUUAAAUAUAAACAUAUUCAAGUACGUAAAAUAUAGGUAUCGUUGACUUAUAAAUUCUGUAAAUGUAACAGGUAAACAGGCAUUGACUUGUGCCCAUAUUUGGUAAUGAUUUCCAUAUUUGAACGAUGGUAAAAGGAAAUAGUCCAAAAAGGACAAACUCUAAGCGCUUAAAACGGAAUAUUAAAACAAAAAUAUUUAUUUUGGCCGGGUUGAACAACUUGCAUUCCGCUUAUAGCACGGUGAAUGGCGGGCUGGUGGGCAUCCAUGUAAUAUGCCUAUCACACCUCUAGUUUGACAUUCCUCAAAUUUUGUACCGUUGUUAUGAACACAUUGAAAAUGUGCAUGUCUUUUUGAAAGUGAUCAGACAUUUUUUGAAAAUUUUACAUCUAGUUGGACAUUGUCAUUUUUAAGCAUGUUUUGAAUAGACGGUACCCAUUUUGGGUAAUCAACUCCUCUCACACCUCUAACCUGACAUUCCUUAAAUUUUGUACCGUUCUUAUGGACACAUUGAAGAUGUGCAUGUGUCUUUUUAAAAAUGAUGAGACAUUUUUUGAAAAUUUUACAUGUAGUUGGACUUUUUUUAAAGCAUGACAGCAUUUAUUUGAUAUCCUUCAAACCUUGUGCAGCCGAAUUACGGAAGCAUUGAAGAUGUGCGUGUCUAUUUGGAAGUGAUCAGACAUUCUUCAAGAAGUUUACAUGUAGUUGAACUUUGUCAUUUUUAAGCAUGGCACUUACUCUGUGUAACCAACUCCUCUCACAGCUUUUACUUGACAUUUUUCAGACCUUGUACAUUAUGGUUGUUAUAAAAACAUUGAGGAUGUACAUGUGCCAUUUUAAAAGUGCCUCUGUUUUGGGGUUUUUUUUUUGUUGUUGUUGAAAUUUUACAUUUAAUAUGUCAUUUUUCCGGUAUGUUUUGUACAAAAAAAGUUACCUACAUAAUCUGGUUUUAUCAUAAAUGCAUACGAAAACCCGAGGCAUCUCUAGAGUACAGACUUCUUAAAAGCAUUGCAUAAUUGAUUCUCUACCACAAAUUCAGUUUCUUUUUAUUUCAUCUGGAUUCAUGUACUGCUGUCUCUAUGAUAGAUAACAUAUUAUAAAGCAACCCGGCCAUUUCUGUUUUAGAAUCAAUUUUUCUUUAUUGAAUUGCAAGUCAAUCUACACGUCACUGCACACUGCUUUAACCCAGUUGUUUGUUAAUUUGUU